AGAAAAAAAAUGUUCACUGAACAUUUGUCGAAUAUUAUUGUUCGUGGCGGGAAUAAUUAAAACGUAAUUGGAAUAAAAGUAUGGAAAAAAAGGAUUUUAAAAGCAAAGGUAAUAAACAAUACGCUUUUGAAUUUAGGAUUACGAUAUGAAAAUGUGAAUGCAUCUGAAACUUUGGAUCGGAUAUUAUCCAUCGUAUAUAACGUAUACGAAUCGGAGCUGGAUAGAUUAACAAGUUUUAAUAACAUUGUUAGAAAGGUAGAAUGCUUUUAUGGAGUUACAACAACGGUAACCACGAGGUAUCAAUCUUCUCGCAUUGCAUAAAUUAACUUUGCACCGCGAUUGAAUGCGAUGCAAGUUGAAAGGAGAUUCAUCGUAUGCAAAUUGACGAUCGAUUGUCGAGAACCGUAGGGUGAAUUAUACCCAUGUUGGCCUACGUUAUGGCUGACAAAGGCAUAUACAGCUGGUAUAGCUAUCAUCCGAAUGCUUUACGAGCCGACGUAAUAAUCAAACGAUCCAGAAAGUUGCAGUUUACAAGUUACAAUCAUUUAUACACGUGCAUACACGUAUAUUCGUUCGGAAAUAUUGAAUUAAAGUUCCGUUUUAUUCUGAUCGAAUAUGUGAUAUGUAUAUGUAUAUAAUCUUCUCCAUCGUUAUUGUAUCCAUCGAUCGAUUUUAAUCGAUCGAUAAGUUUUGAUAAUUGAUACUAGGCUUCGCGCCAAUUUUUGAUCAUUAGAAACAUUUUAAAUUCAGAUAUUUACAGAAUUUAUUUAACCGGUUAUAUUUUAAAAAGACGUGAUAUUUUUCUAUUCGAUUUAUAUACAUAAUAAUAAACGGUAAUUAAUUAAGAUAAUUCGUAAUACAGAUUGCGGCAAGGCCAUCGAUAGGCCGCAUCAUCACGCGAACGGCAGCACGGUUAGCAAGGUAAAUAACAAGAGACGACGAUGGCAUCUUCAGUCCGGCAAUUAUAUCGAAGCGAAAGGUGGAUACUUUUGAUCGAACCUUGAACGUUCGCGUGAAGCGAUUUUCUCGCGAUGCUCAUCGCGUAUCCAUAUAUACUCGGUUGCACAACCAGUCCGGAAACGCUUUAUUGAUGGUUAAUUGUUUGCAUUGUUAUCUUGCGUCGACAUAACGGUUAUGGAAAUUCUACGGAAAAAAACGAAAUUGCCUUUCUAACUAAAUCGUGAGCUCUUGGAUUUCAAUCUGUCGUAAUUUCGAUUGGUUAAAUAUUUUCGUCACGUUGAUUAAUUUUAAUGAAGUUUAAUGGUCUAAUCGUUGACAUUGGUUUAUUAAAAUGUGCAAUUGACGUCGUUGAUGGCUUUUUAAUCAGGUUUAUAAAUAAUUAAUCCAUGAUUAUCUAUAUGUAUUUUGUAUAUGAUUAUCUGUUGGUAUUUUUUUUUAUUUAAAUUCUCAUAAAAUAGAAGGAAAAAAAAAGAUUUUCCUUUUUACUUUAAAAAUAUAUUAGCUACAUCCGAUUUCGAAUUAUGAUGUUAUAAUUACAGAGAUUCUUAUUAUUCGUGUCAAUUCUAGAUUUCGCACGAUUAAUUUUAUAUUCAAAACGGUUUUAUGCUUGGAUGAUUUAGUAUUACAAUUUUUCAUUAUUUUCUUAUCUUACUUAUCUUACGUAAGUUCAUUUGAAAAUAAAUAUUAUUUAUCAUUAUAAAUUUUCCUUUUUUAUUAUAAAAUUUUAUUUAAAAUUAUUUUAUUAUAAAAUUGUUAUAUUAUACAAAGGAUAGAAUUUAAUUUGUUUUAUUAAAAAUUUUAUAUUUGUUUAAUAUUAAAAAAAAUUCUAAUGUUAAAAUUUCUAAAAUUCAAUAUUAUUUAUAUAUUAUAAAAUAUUUUAAAUUAACUUUAUUUGCAAAUGAAUCGAUUCGCGCCAUUGAACGUCUACUUAUACCGACGGUAGAUGGCGUUGUUUCAAGCUUUUAUACUUCUGUUGUUCUCUACGAGAUGGUAAUCUGUAUCAUUUCCCCAGUGUUCUUCAGUGUUUAGUGUUUUUUAGAAUUUUUUUUAUUAAAAAUCUUCACAUUUUUGUGAAUGAAAACAUUUUAUUAUUUUUAUUUCACGUGUACUCCGUUUCUUCGAUAAUAAAAACUUAUAUGACGGAUCCUAACCUAUCGAAGAAAUUUCUGCACGCCUGUCAAAGUGGAGACUUAUCAAGAGUAGAAACUCUUGUAUCCAAAUAUGAUAUUCAAGAUUGGACAUUCUUCCGGCAUUUGUCUUCUGGUGACACCGCUUUGCAUGUUGCUACUCGUGCGGGUCAUUUGAAUAUCGUUCGAUAUUUAUAUGAAACUUUCGAGAAACCAGACUUUAAAGUCGAUGUUGCCAAUAAAGAUAUGAAAAGACCAUUGCACGAGGCGGCACAAUUUGCUCGUAACGAUAUCGUGAAGUAUUUAAUUGAAAAAGGUGCAACCAUAGACGCAUUGAAGCGCGCUGAUUGGACACCACUCAUGCUGGCUUGUACAAAAACCGGAAACGAUGCGUACGAAUGCGUUGCCGCGCUUUUGAAAGCAAAAGCGAACCCGUUUUUGCGAAAUAAAGACGGAUGGACACCGUUACAUUUGAUUUGUCGUUCUGGCAAUAAAGAUGCGUUUGAUUUAUUGGUGAAUCAGUUUACUAGAUGCAUCGACGAUCGAACGAAUAAUGGCCGAAGCGCUAUACACAUUGCUGCAUUUCACGGACACGAAGAUUUAGUCGAUCGACUUUUGGCGCUUAAUUCGAAUUUUCUGAAUGCGCGAGAUUCCACUGGAUCCACUCCUCUUCACGAAUCUGUUAAAGGAGGUCAUCUAAUCGUGACGAAACGAUUAAUAGAUUUGGAAGCUGAUGUUAAUGCUACAGAUAAUGUUGGCCAAACCAUCUUACACGUAGCAGCUAUAAUUGGAAACGAAGAAGCUGUGAAAGACAUUUUAGAAAAUUAAUCGAAAGAGAAAUUUUCUAAACUAAGAGAAAAAUAAGACUUUUUUUUUUUUAUUCAGAGAUUGGUACACAUUUAUUUAUCCUUUUUUUCCUGUAUCAGACAGUCUUAAAGAAGCAUACAAAAAUGAAGAAACGGAGGCUCUUAGUAGAUCGGAGAUACCUAGAUUUUACAUUCUUCUUGUUCAUUUGUAUUUUUCUUUUUCUUCUUCCUCUUCUUCUGCUUGUUCUUCGGUCUUUCUCUUCCUUUUCAUUUGUAGCGUGCGCAGGCAGGCGAUGAUUCACGGGAAACUUACGCGUAAUUACAUGCUAAAACCGUGUCCGUGUAUUUUUUCCUUUAUAAACACGUUCGUUAAAUAUCACUUAUUAAACAGGGAACAUAAAUGGUAAAGAUCACAGAAUUUUUACGAAUUCUAUGUGAAUAUGAAUCGUGCGCCGGUUUAUUUUUCAAAAUUCUGUAAUUCGAUCGUUGUUUUUUUUUUUUGCUUCUUCGUGUCUUUGGAUAAAAUAGUUCGGUAAAAAGCCGAUUCGAAAAAUAUUCCAAUACUUUCAAAGGAUGAGCGAGUGGGGAAGGGAUGAGAUGAUCGGUGCACAUACGUGAAUACCGUGGCGAGGGAGCGUUCCUAUUUUUGUGGAUUUAUUUUCCGCAAUUGCUUUGAAUUUCCUUUCACUCACCGUUCCAAUGCAUUUUUUCUUUUUCUUUUUCUUCCUUUUUUUUUUUGAUCUUUCUUUCCUCUCGUUUAACUUUUUCUUUCUUUCUUUCUUUCUUUCUUUCUUUCUUUUUUCUCUUUUUGUACGCGAAAUAAAAACUUAAUCGCUAAGUAUCUCGAGGGAUGACACGAUUGUGGUUGGUUUGGAAAAUUGUUUACGCGAUGCUGCGGACGGGAGAACAAGGAUGAAAAGUAAAGAAAGACAGCGCAUACGAUUGAAAGGAACAUCUCGAAAUUGGACAAUAUGGACAGAUGUGUCGAUGUCGAUCAGAGAGAGAGAGAGAGAGAGAGAGAGAGAGAGAGAGAGAGAGAGAGAGAGAGAGAGAGAGAGAGAGAGAGAGAGAGAGAGAGAGAUCAGCCUCGCGUGAAAAGAGGAGAAGGAUCGAGAUGACGGGCGAGGGGGGUGAGAAAGGAGGGAAGGGAAGAGAAUGUUUAUAUUUAUAAAACGGCUAAGGAUAAAACAUGCAUUGUAUAUCUGUCCAUCUGAUUAAUUGUUUGCACAUUUCCAUUCUUAAUCUUUUUUCUUUCCCCUUCUAUUCUCCAAUCUUCUUUCCCCUCUCUUCCGCUUUGUCUACCUUCGUGUUCUUCUUCUUUUCCCUAUGAAUUUUCCAUUCAUUCGUUUAACAGUAACCUAACGCACGGGACGAGUGCUUGAGUUCAUCAUAUUUAAUCUUUUUUACAUUCCCUCUUUCUUCCGCCGAACUUACGUAUUAUAUUUAAUCGAUCUUUCUUUUUUUUAUUCGUUUUUUUUCUUCAUCCAUUUGUUAUCCUCUCUUUAGUGGAGUUCGUUUAUAAAUAUCCAAUGAUUAUUUGGGCUCUCAUUUAAUAUUGUUAUUAUUAUUAUUUUUUUUGUUUCUUUUACUUCCUCGCUUAAUUUAUUUACACAUUAACUAAUUACGCUUGGGACUUAAGUUAAACCGCCUCACGCAUCCGCCAUCACGAUAAUAGUCACUGUAAUAUCCACUACUUACUAAUAACUUGUCUUAUCUAGUGUAUUCUUUUCUGUUUUCACAUCGAUCGUCUCGGUCGCCUCUCGUUCUUUUUUUUUUUUCAACCUCUCUUUCUCAUCAUUUCCUCAUGCACACACAAUUCUCUCUUUCGCACUUUUCUUCACCGCACUUUUCUCUUUUUUUUCUUUUUUCCCAUUUACAUUACAACGUGUUCAACAUGUACAAAGCCCUAUUUACAUUAUGUACACCUCAUUUCGAGAUUUUUCCAAUGAUAAUGUUUCUCGCUCUCUUUCUCACACACUCCCUCUCCCCUUUCGCACGCAACAAAUCCUCAAACCGGUGCGUUCUCUUUCCCUUUUCUUUUUUUCAAUAUGGCCCGCCGGUUACGCCGGUUACGUUGUCAAUGCAAGAAAAAAAAAACGAAAGAAGGAAGAAUAAAACGAAGGAGAGAGAGAAAAACAAAAAAAAAAGAACGGUACAACGCAAUUACGCAAAUUCGUAAAUCGAUUGCCUAUUCGUCCAGGCACAAAUGCGCUCGAGAUUGUUCCCGUCUACUUGGCUCGUAGUACACCUUCCCAUUUAUCCCCUUUCGUCUCUUUCGAUUACAAGUCGAACGGAUGGAAUGUGGCUGCGUUUACGAUACAUUAUCCGGUAGUGGUACUCGUUCCAUGGGCAAGACCUUUCGCUCGUACAAAAUUCAUAGAAUCUAUAAACUCUGUCGCACGGCGGACAGAGGCGCAGGAUUCGAGACGCGACGACACAAGGAAGGAAACGAAAAUUUAUUGCAACGGCUUGUGUGAUCCACGCGUUCGUUCAGAGUUGAACGAAACGAAAUUUUAACCGAGUUAUAUAUCGAUCACUCGGAAUGUCGCCGCGUAUCGUAUCGUCGUGUCUCUCACGGUUAAAAACAUUUAACGAACGACGCACGAAGGCUUCAACGUAUAUCGAAUGGUUCAAAUUCACGACUUCGUAUCGUGAUUCUUGUAAGAAAUCUUCUGUGAAAUCGCAUAGAGUUAGUUAUUAUUAUUUUGAUUAAACGACGCGAAAUCUCGAAGACUCGAUACGACGAUACCCGAUCAACUUUAACACUUGGUGCGUUGCUCUGUAAUUGACUGAAAAAGAUAUCUCGCUCGGUUGUUGUUUCCUUAUCGUGACGACGAAGGAAUGUAAAAGUGGAACGAAAAAAAAAAAAAAAAAAAAAGAAAGAAAAAGUAAAAUGUAUAAGAUACCAAAAAUUCGAUUCUCUUUUUGUGUGACGCGACACUGUUCGGAUGAUGGUUUCGAAUGGCGAGCGACCGAGUACAAACUUCUGGUUUUAUUCGCUUGACGUGAAUAAACGAAACGAGACGUUAGAAUUUCGUGGCAAAAUGGAAAUGAUACAUUAAUAUUUACAUACUCGAUGUAUUUUCGUUCUACCUUUAACAUCGUGGACAGAAACGGUUUCCGGAUGCGCUUGUCAUCUCAAACUACGCGUUGUGCGAAGGAUCUCUAAAAACUGGAAAAACCAAGAUAACUGCGCGAAUGGGUUCUCGCGAUAUCAAGAAUGAGCAAUUUACGUUUCAUAGAAGUCGGAGGAAACGUUCGUAACGCUUAGCAUUAGCUACGCUGGUACCCUUAAACGCUGAUUAUCGCUAUUUAUAAUUCGCCUAUAGACUUAUUUUCGCCUUAACGUACGAUUUGCCGGAGAGAAGGAUCACGGCCGGCCCGGCUGAGCAGAGAAAUAAAUUAAAGAAAAAAAAAAAAAAAAAAAAAAGGAAAUGAUAU